GAAUGAGUAAAUAAUUUACGAGUGAAAUUGUGAAGAGUUUGAGACAUUCGUGACAGGUGUUUCCGGACAAUUGUGCGUUAACCACUAUUUCCACGUUCAACGUUAAUUAAUUCAGAGUGUUUUACUGACUAAUCACGCGAGAUAAACAUUUCGACGAUUAAACACAACGCUUUUACGCCCGCAACAUGCAGACUGUUCCAUUAUACUUGUUUAUUCCACAUCUCAAACCGAAAGUUCCUAGUGCUUCGACAAAAUCCACUCAGCAAAUACCGCGUGUUCACCCUCCGACAGACUGCUAAUUGAGAAAACUCAUGACUUGACUGCACAAAUGACAUUUAAAUGGCGAAGAGAUAGCAGUAGUUGAGUAACACCGAUGAUCUCGGUGUUGAUUAUCGUUUCACCCCCGAAGAUAUGACGGUUAUGCCUUCUGGAUCUGAUGUUGCUGAUAAAGCGGUUUCCACUGAGGACGCCUCGGAGAUGGUGCACCUUGAUGCUGUUCUUGCUGUACUUGUUGAAACGAAAAUAAAGGCCAUUAAGAGGGCCUCGUUGAGCUCAUCCAGGGGCAAGUGGCCCAGUGCACCAGCUAGCCCGAGAAGGCCGAGAUUAAUGUCCUCGUCGACGGCCUCAUCAUCCCAGAAUCGCAAUCAUCAGGAUCAUUUUGAUAUUAAACAUUUUGAUAGGGGCGAUAUGGAGCAGAGACGCAAGAGUUACAGGCACAGGCGGUACGACUCAGCACCGUGUCAACAAUUUAUUGAUGAGAUCGAUGGACCAGGUCAGCAGGGGCACCAGAAUGCAAUAGCCGACAAGGAGUCAAAAGCCCGAAGAAGAGCAUCAGAAAUGAUACAUCGAAAUCCGAAGAAAAAGCGUCGCUACUCCCGUCGGAUAAGUUCCCACGUACUCCAGGGUAUUGACUCACCCAUCGAACUCCCCGAGCUCCUCGACGUUGAUCGUCUCCACGACGAUUUAACACUGAUACAUUACGAGAGAACCCGCGAGGCACUGAGCGACAACGGAGAUUUCCCGAGUAUACACCAAAGUGCCUACGUCUCCCAAAGUGCAGCACAUCUUAAAUUAGCAUAUGAGGAUGAGGAUUAUGUCGCACUGAAUCUCGAGGAUGAGUUUGACGGUGCAUCCAUAGUGUCUGGUCAUUAUCCCCGGGACUUGCCUCGUGACAGAAGGGAUACGCUGGGUGAGCGUUACCAUCGACCUCGGCAAAAACACAAACGAAAAAAACAUAGGCAUGAGGUUUUUCUUCCCGAGGUAAAUGAUGUCCCUCAGGUCGUUGUGAUUGAUCACGACGAGCUACCACUUCGAGCGCGAUGGACUAUUGUCGCUACUGCCUGCCUGCUCUUUGCCAUGUCACUACUACUAGUCGGUGUUACCUUGAGAAUGGCACCAAUCAUUGAUGACAUGGUUCGUAAGGAGAACGAGGAGCUGUUAAAUUCGUUGAACCGAGACACAUCUGUGCCAGACAAUAGUACAACAGCUCCACUUUAAGUUUUUACGAUUCCCUCAUCCACGAGGGAGAAUUGUUGGCGGCUGUUGCCAAUGAGAACCGAGAAACCCAACUCAGAAUGGAGUAAAUCCCGAGGCAUCGAGACAAUGAGACACGAUACCCCUUUGUUCAAGCCGACCGAGGAUAAUCUGAGGGUGAAGUCGUCGUCAAAUGCGAGAGUAGUACGUCAAUACGAAUAGUGUUAGUACCAGCUGCUCAAUUUUUGGUUCAUCAAAAUGACGGCAAAGGCAUACUAGACGUGAAUUCGAUUAUGUAUAUAGAUGUUAUGUAUGAUGACGUCUAAUGUUGUUAGUUUUAUACAGUAGUGUCGCGCAAAUUGACAAUGCAAGUUGAGGAGUAAUUAAUAUCGACGCAUAGCAGUUCUUUUUAUUUCAACUUUUUCAUUUUCAAUUUAAUGACAAUCAAUGGCUCUGAAACUGAGGAGAAAAUUUUAAUUUUUAUCGAGUCCUUAUUUGUAGCUCAAUAUUAUCCGAUAAACUUCAACGUCUUGUGCACGCCGCAGGUCAAUAUCAAGAGCACAAAUAAUUUAUUAAAAAUGAUAAUUCACGCAAAUUUUAUUCUGCCAAGCUUCGAACGACCCAAGAAGAUUGUUUCUCUCCCCAGAAAUGCAAUUAUUUUAUACAUCCGGAGACUCUUCCACUUCUUAUUGUCCCCGGUAAUUCAAUUACUUUCUUCAAUGGCCAAACACGUAGUCUUCUAAAUAAAGCAGACAAUAAGAUUAAGACGUUGUACCCCUGGAGUAAAAAAAACCAGCGGGACAAUGUCGGAAGCAAAAUUGCAUGACAUUCUGUUUGAAAAUACAGCAAUGUAGCGAACGGGUAUGGCCUAUUGAAUACACAAUUCGACUCGUGAAUUUGUUGAUUAAAUAAUUUUACAUGCGUGACACAACGAACAAAAUCGGUGAGCAUUAAAGAGGAUUUAUCACGGCGUUGUGAGCGUGCUGGCACGCUCAUCGUCUAUGAAAAUAAUAUGAAAUAUUGAAGUUAAUGUAAAUGAGAUGAUAUUAAUUAUUAUGUCUAGGGUUUUGGGAGUUCCUUUUAUAGUAUUCCGAUGCAUUCAAUUAUGAACAGGGCCUUGGGUAAGAAAUUUACCGCAAUCUUACUCCCUUUUUCAAUUUUAUCUACAAUCUUCACCUCAUGAUAAUUCGGUAAGACGAUUUGAGCCGAUUCUGACGAUUGCCCAGUUUUCAACGAAUAUCUCGAAAUCUAAGGGAGAUGGCGAAAUUUUUGUUUGAACAUUUUUUGCAGAGCUAAUUGAGGACUACAAGAAAGGUUAUUACGUAAAUUUUGGUAUCUCCCUUAGAUUUGGAGAUAUUUGGCAAAAUUAACUUGAACCGUUUUACCGUUUCGCUCAUCAGAUGAUUUCAUGUCAUUUCAAUGAUUUGAGGAUAUCCAAGCACUUUGGUUAUUGUUUCUCCAGUGAAAUGGUUUUCUACUCGUGUAGUAGAACAGCAGAGCUGUCAUUUGAGCCCCGUUUGACCCUAAGUUUAAGAACAUUUUACAAUCAUUCAACGAUUUAACGCCCGGUUGGAGUAUCUUUCGAAUGAUAACUAGAUUGUUUUUUGUCAAUUCUUUUAUUUGAAUAGUUCCAUUCGUUUUUCCAUGAGGCAGAGAACUGCAAAAAAUAU